GGCGGCGCUGGCGGCGGCGGCGGCCGGGGGGGAAAGCGGCACUCGGGCCAGGACCGAGCUCCCUCCGGCGGGCCUGCCAUGUGAGGAGACCCCGACGCCCCUCAGGUUACAUUUUGUGCCAGAAGACAUGGACAGCAGCAGUUUCAUCCAGUUUGACGUUCCUGAAUACAGCAGCAGCGUCCUGAGCCAAUUGAAUGAGCUUCGCCUGCAGGGCAAACUUUGCGAUAUCAUCGUGCACAUUCAGGGCCAGCCCUUCAGAGCGCACAAAGCUGUCCUGGCCGCCAGUUCUCCCUACUUCCGAGAUCAUUCAGCAUUAAACACCAUGAGUGGCCUGUCAAUAUCAGUCAUCAAAAACCCCAGCGUCUUUGAACAGCUGCUUUCUUUUUGUUACACUGGAAGGAUGUCUUUGCAGCUGAAGGAUGUUGUCAGCUUUCUCACCGCGGCUAGUUUUCUGCAGAUGCAGUGUGUCAUCGACAAGUGCACGCAGAUUCUUGAAAGCAUUCAUUCGAAGAUCAGCAUCGGCGAAGUCGACUCAGUCACCAUCGGUGCCGAAGACGCUCUGGAGAACCACAACGGCAUCAAGGACAGCGGCUAUUUCGCCAACCCCGUUGAAAUUUCUCCCCCCUAUUGCUCUCAGGGGCGUCAGCCUGCUUCAGGGAACGACCUCAGAAUGGAAACGACGCCAACCAACGCCCUGUGCGGCCGCCUGCAGGAAGAGGGGCACUCGGACCGUGGUAGCACUGGAAGCGUUUCAGAGUACGAGAUUCAGGUUGAAGGCGACCAUGAUCCAGGGGAGUUGAUGGUGAGAGAGGGCCAGGCUGCCGAGGUGAAAGUGAAAAUGGAAAAAUCUGAUCGGCCAAGCUGUUCAGAUAGUUCUUCGCUUGGGGAUGAUGGAUACCAUACCGAAAUGGUGGAUGGAGAACAAGUGGUGGCCGUUAAUGUUGGUUCCUACGGCUCUGUCUUGCAGAAUGCUUACCCGUAUUCCCAUGGCGCAUCCCAGCCGGCUAAUGUACCCGAGCCCUUUGGAAGCCUGAGAAACUCCAGCUCUUCGAGAUCCAUGCUGGGCUCCUUCAGAGGCCGUGGGCGUCAAAAGCGGGUCUCCGCGAGCCACGUGCAUGGCGACGUUUCAAGCCUCAUGCAAGGGGCCGACGCAGAGCCUUCCGCCCACCACCCAGGAUAUGAAAGUAGCCCACGGGAAAGGAAUUCCAGAGGCCACUGGUAUGCCUACAGUGAAAGGUUAAUCUGUAUCUACUGCGGGAAAUCUUUCAACCAGAAGGGGAGCCUCGAUCGGCACAUGCGGUUGCACAUGGGCAUAACCCCCUUUGUGUGCAAGUAUUGUGGGAAGAAAUACACCCGCAAGGACCAACUCGAGUACCACAUCCGUGGCCACACCGAUGAUAAGCCUUUCCGCUGCGAGGUCUGUGGGAAGUGUUUCCCUUUCCAGGGAACCUUAAACCAGCACCUGCGAAAGAAUCACCCGGGUGUAGCAGAGAUAAGAAGCCGAGUGGAGUCUCCCGAGAGAACAGACACCUAUAUGGAACAGAGAGAUGAGGACGCUUCAGCUCCUGAAACGCUGGAUUACACCAUGGACGUGCACACCCCUGAUUAAAAAAAAGAGAGAGAUGGUAUUCCUCAAUGCAACUCAAGCAAAGCACAUUGAUCAAUGCAUUUCCUCCCUGUUUCUUUGAUAAGUUUCACAACAGUUACGAUGGCAUUGUGAUUUUUUUUUUCCUAAUAUAUUUUGCGAUUCUUGUGGGCAUCGUUACAGAAUAAAAGGCUGCUGUUCUGUUUGAAAAGAGGCAGGGUUAGUUUUACUCCUAAAACUGGUAACAAGGGGCAGAAUUCUAGAGAAAUAAUGCACUUCCUGGUGGGCAGGCUUCGGUAGGGAAAGGUAUUAUGACCGUGUGGAUAGUACAGGCUGAUUCACCCAGACCGUGUGUUCUCUCAUGUUGUAUUUUGUGUGGGCCGGGAGCAGACAUCCAUCCUUGGAUGUAAGCCUCAUUGUAUUCAGUAGGACUUAAAUCAGUUUGAUCAAGCUGGCACACCUAGAAAGCUAUUUAGGAGUCGAAGCAUGCUUCCCAGAGUUGUGCUCAUGUCACACACAGGCUUUUGUCAUAUGAUAUGGGUUCAGGAUGGGUGUGUUUUUUUUUUGUUUUUUUUUUGGAAUAACUAUUUUGAUAGCUUUGAAUUUUAUAUAAUAUAUUAUAUAUAAACGCAUAUAAAAUGCUCACAUUUUUCUCUUCUGGUUGGAGGUGAAUGUAGAAGUAUCUUAAAUAGCAAGGGGGAAAAAAACCCUGUUGAUAAGGCUUUCAGACUCUAUUUAGGUCUCCCCACCCCCCACCCCCGGAUUUUGUUCAAGAAACAUUGUUUUUUCCCCCACGUACAAAUAUUAUGUUCAAAAGCAAGCAAAGCUUACUUGAGAAUAACUUUUCUCUAUCACGUACAUAAACCAAAUGCCAUAAAUGUAUUAACUUGGAGUGGGGAUUGUUUGGGGUUUUUUUUUUUUGUCUAGUUUACAAACUGGACAACAUUGGUGCUGACCCCCUUUUUUACAGAAAAAUGUAUUGUUAUAUUAGCCAACACAGAAAGUAGCAUUGUGGUUUUAAAUAUUUUUUACUGUCCUCAGAAUCUACCUUCACUUCGUACUGUAAAGGCAGACCAGGUAAAUCAUGUUUUACAUUAAUCACUCUGGAUAGAUAUGGUUCGCUUAACAAUAGAUUUAAAAGGAUGGUUGUAGUUGAACCUGCAAUACUUCAGUGCAGUAUUUGUAAUGGACCUCUUCGGGUGCAUCUUACCUUCAUACUUAAUGUUUUCAAGUGAAGCUAAAACAGUUGAUUUUUUACUUUUUUUGUAAUGAUAACUAUAUGGGAUUUACGAGCAAUAUGUCCUAUUGUAUUAGGGAGGCUAUUUUUAGCUUCUCCAUAACUUCAGUGGCUAAUCAGUGUUUUUCAUAAAGAGCCAAUAACAAGUAUCCUGCUUUCUCUCCUUCAGAUGUUUGAUAACUUUUAAAAGUGGUGCUAAUGUUGUUCGUUAGAACAGUACAGCAUAGAAAAUGUGAAACUUACUGAUAGUAAACUCUUACACAGGUAGUCCUCAACUUACGAUCACAAGAGGGACCUGAAAAUUCGUUGUUAAGCAGUGUGGUCAUUAAGUGAGGCAUCACGUGACUGCACCUGAUUUUAUGACCUUUUUUGCCGCCAUCAAGUGAAUCAUGCAGUUCCUCAUUGACUUUGCUUGCCAGAAGCUGGUUGGGAAGGUCGUAAAUGGCGAUCACGUGACCCCAGGACGCUGGAACCAUCAUAAAUACUUGCUAGUUGCCAAGCGCCUGAAUUUUGAUCAUGUGACCACGGGGAUGCUGCAACUGUCGUAAGUGUGAGGACCAGUCGCAGGUCACUUUUUUUCAGUGCCAUCAUAACUUUGAACAGUCACUAAACGAAUGCUUGUAGGUCGAGGACUAUCCUGUAUCUUUCCACUUAGAUUUUGCUUUCCUGAAACACAGCUCAAGAGUAUAAGCUGGCAAACGUUACUGUAUAAAAAAUUCUACACUGUGGAGAGAAUAAUGGAUUUUGUUCAAUCAUUUAAAAGCAUAUUACUUAGAUACCUUUAAGCUUGGUGGAAUGAGAAGCGUUUUGGUUAGUGUCUUCACUGGUACAGAAAACGGCGUGUCACAAGCUGUUUGGCAAAGAAGUUCUUCUCCUUGCUGCGUUUAUUAGUGGCUGCUUCAGUUUCCGACAUGUAGGUGAAGACUGUAGGGCUUCCUAACUAGGCUGAGCAGAGCAGAAGGUUGAUGUCAAGAUAUUAGGAAAAGCAUAGUCAGAAGCAGGAGAAGACAGCUUUCAAAACCUUCGGAUGAGCUUGGCUUGAAGGGUGCUUGGGACUCAAGGUUUCUCUUUUCAUGUGCCUGUAAUUCAUCUUGGCUCGCCUACGACAGCAUGGCCAUGCUAUUCCUAGUUAACAGGCCCAUUGUUUCUCUAAUCACCCCAAUUUGGUUUAUUCCCCUUGGUCUGGGGUGGUGCAGGCAGACAUACGCACUGCAUAUAUAUGCACCUGUCUGCCAAACAUGGAGAAUGCAUGAAUAUUUCGCCGACUUUAAGGAUUUGUAUUUGUAUAUUGUAAUGCAUAUUGAUGUUUCAAUCUGAGCCGUUGCUUUAAUUCUAGUAUGAUUCCUUAAACUCCUCACAACUGUGAAUUUUUAAAACCUUUUUUAAAAGGUGUGGCUUUUCUUCGUGAGAAUUCAUAAUCUACCAUCAGAAUUCUCACGUAACGCUAUAUGUGAAUGUUCCGUCUACUCAGAGGUUUUAAACACUGAAAGCGCAGCGGUGGUAAUACCAAGGAAAAUUGAAAUCGCAAGACAGGAGGGCCUGGAAACGGGCUCUGCAAAGUCUUUCAAAGGGAGUGCAGGCAACAUCUACCAUCUUGCAAUCUUUUUCCGAAUUAUAGGUAAAGAAUUGCUGGUUUCGCAGUGGUUGUGAAGAUUACAGCUUUAUUGCUGUUUUUUUUUUUUUUUUUAAGACUUUGAGGAAACUGGAGAAUAGAUUUUUGUGGUGUUUGAGAAGGAAAUUUUUCAUUACAUUACUGUAACUAAAGUCUGCAGUAUAUCAGGUCUGCUCCGUGAGUGGAGUUAAACUGAGAUAUAUAAUCAGCCUUUUCCUCCUCAACCUCCCUUAGAGAUUCUUCCCUCUACCAUCAGAAACCAGCCCCGUUAUUUUUUUUUCCUACUCUAGAAACAACAUUGGGAUCCAAAGAGCCAUACACAGACAAGAGGUUCCAUAUGUGCAUUUGGGUGUCUCCUCAUCUCUCCCCCCCCCCCACUUCUGAACAUCAGGAGACUACAGAAUAGUAUCCAGUGCUGGGGGGAAGGGGGGGUAACAGGAUCAUGGUAGGGCGAUGCACCCACAUCUUGCACCAAAAAAAAGCAUUUUCCACUUUUCCAUAAGGCACCUUUGAAUCCCAGGCCUCAAGGAGAGCAUAUGCAUCCAUUCAUGCAUCCCCGUAAUGCUUGUUAAGACAUAUGCUAGCUUUUCAACCUUUUGCUGAAGGAAUGAAACCAUUUUGAUUGCUUUGCAAAGAUUCUCUAACAAAAGUCCAGGUGUGCAAGUUAAGCCUGACCCUUUUGUGGUGAACCUCUGCUGUGGUGCCUUUUAAUUCAGUUGGCUUUACUCCAUAGUAGUCAGAAUUAAGGAGAAAAGGGAAGGGCGAUUGACUUUCUCUUCUCUGAUUUAGCCCUCUCUCAAUCUUAAUGAAGUUCAUAAAAUGUUGUUUGUUUAUUUUUUAAUCUGUAAACUUGAGCUGGUUUGAGUUUACCAAAGAGUGAUGUAUCCAAAAUGCUACAUUGUUUUAAUUAUGCAGAUUUCAUAAUCAAAACAUUGUUAAUGGGACUGUUAACAGCCUAAGGGUUAUGAUCUGAUGACACCCCUCAUUCAAGAGGUUUUUUGAGUUCUUUAUAUGUUUGCUUGUGUGGAUAACGUGUUUUCCUCUUUCUACUGCCUCCUGGGGUUAAAAAUUAUCAAGCCAUAAUAUAGUACUGUAUAGAUCAGAGAGCUUCACAGGACAUGCCAACUGUAGGAGUCUAAUAGGGAUGAAGUUAACAAACUUACUUUCCAACCGUUUCUGUAAGAUUUAAACGUGUGCCUAAAGGCUGGUUCACACAAGACACUAGCUGCCUUGGAUUUAGUGGCAGGGCAGGAUACACAUUUAUAAAACAAUUCUACUCCAGUUCUGCAUCUUUGGCUUAUGUAUGGGAGGCCAACAUCCUGCAAAGACCAGAUGAACGCAGAGGAGAUAACUAGAAGUUUGCUAAUAUUUAGUAACUAACUUCUCACUCCUGCUAUAACAUGAGUGGCCCAUACCUCUUUCCUCACUUCUUAGACUGCUUGAUAGGCUGUGCCAGUGUCAUUUUAUUCGGGCUAACUCUCCGACAGAGUAACCGUUUGAUAGAUGGCUGCCAUUUUAACUGGCCACUCUAUCCGUGUUAUAAUUCCAUCUAGAAUUUCCAGCUGCUGAAAGGUUCGAUGAACUAUUCUGGUUGAAGCCUCAGCAGCACAGUAAGUGUGUUUAGCUUUCCAGAUACCUGUGAUUUGCCUUUGUGUAUUGUGUGAAGCAGCCCUUAUGCAUCUUCCUUGGAUUUUGCUCUACAGUGUCCCCUGGAAUAUUGCAACAUGCACAAAUGAGAGAUGUUAAAAUUCAAAUCUAGCAGCAGCACCUAAACCGUGCCUUUUUUGCACCAUGUUUUCAUUGUGAUGAGGGUACCAUCUUCUUAUUCUUUUGAAGUUCAGAUCUUGCGAUCACCUAGGUGCAAAGCAUGCAGUGAAUUAUUUUAAAUGAAUUCCAAUAGCCUGUAGUACUCUUGACUGUACAAUUUUAAGUUAGUGCAGAACUGCAAAUGUAUUUCAUUUACAAUAAUGCAGAAAUUAAGGAAAUUGGUAAGAUAGAUAUAUGAAAUAUUGGGUUACAUAUGUUAAAUUAUACAAAUUGGUUCAUAAUUGAGUCUCUUAAUCUACCUUUUUAGCUACAUAGACAAUGUGAAAAAACAGUGACAGUGUCCUUUGUUUAGAUGUUUUAACCUAUUUACAUACUGUGAAAACAAAAUUUUAUACUUUUGCUAAUGGUUGUGGUUUUAAAUAGCAAUUGAUUUUUUUCCUAACCAGUUAACUCUUCCAUAUAAUUUCUAUUGAGGUUGUAAAUAAACUAGGGGGAAAAAGCUUUGUAAAUAAGUGGGGUUUUUUUAAAAGCAACAGAGCACCUCACAGUUGGUUCUGUAUUCAAGAAUGAAUGCUUUUAGUGACAGGAAGGAGAGUUUUAGAAAUUUGCUGUAAGUGAAUUAAGGAUGUUCAUCUUAAGGGGAGACUUAGGGAAUUGCAAUAGCCUUCGCUCUAACCUUUCAUAUAUAUUAUAUGCAUGUUUCACAGUAUAAGUAACUUGGAAGUCCUGGCAAAAGAGAGAUCAGGAUGACUAGGCCCAAUCGCUUUAACCAUCUUGGCCUUGUCUCUGCUUCAUCCCGAAGUGGAAGGAGCCAACAAGUCACACCAGAUAUAACCCAGAUUUGUUGGGUGUCAACUCCCAUAAUCCCCACCAAGCUUGCACUUUGUUGGCUGGGAAGUAGGGAAGUUGAAGUCCACCAUGAGGAAGGUUGAGGAUUAUGAAGGGCAGAGGUAAGCCAUCUCUUGGUUUGCAUGCUUGUAGCCUAAACUGAUUUUUCAAAGUCUCUUACAAUUCCCAGGCUAAAUGAAAUGCAUAGGGAAGUUUUUCAUUUAUUUCCGGACAGAAUUAUGUUGUUAUCAGAAGCAUUUGUUCUGAUCUAAUAUAUAGGAAGACAGCAGGAAUUUUUAGAACAAGGGCUGGGAAAAGAUGGUGUGGCUGAGCUUUAUCUGUACCCAAAUUUCUCUUAUUUGAAAUAGAUGUUAAGUUUACUGUGACUUCUUUUGUUGUUGUUGUUGUCGUCAUCGGAAGGGGUUUCACAUUGAAGCCACUGAAAAGGGACUCAAAUAUGCAACACCUAAUCUAUUUUCUAAGGGAAUUCUACCCUUGAAUGGUGCUUUUAGACUGGUCAGGGUUAUUUAUUAAAUUUUUAUAUAUUUUAAAGUAUUUGGGAAUUGUGUAAAUCCUUUAUAUAAAUAUAUAAAUAUAUAUAUAUAUAUAUAUAUAUGAAUCUAUUUAGUUCAUGAACUGUAAACAGCAGAGUAAUACUCAGCAACUGAACCCAAAGUUCAGUGAAGUCAUUCAGAAUGUUCAGAGUUCAGCAGUCAUGCAACUUGCUCAUUAAUUCACUCUACAGGUACCCAAUGUAUCCUGCUAAAACUGAACUGAGUUAUGCAAGUUUAUGUAAGCGUGGUAAAUGGGAGCCGGCCCUAAGAGCGUUCCCUUGGAGAAAUGCUCCACUUUGUUGUUUUGAAGACGCAGGACGUGGUAGUCCUGUUGGGUAUGCUGCAGAAAUGUCAAAACGCAGUUCUGGAAGGAGCUCUUAGAUAGUCUGGAAACUUAUAUAGGAUUCUUCAUCAGAUUGAAAUCUGUGCCAACGCGAUGAAUUACUGGCUUUGCACAUCUGCCAUGUCUCUUGUCUCAGGGCAGCGACGUGUCCUCUCUGCCUGAACCUGAGCAUAUGUUCUAGAACAGGUCAUCAGACUUAGAUUUGCAGGGGGCUCUUCAUUUUUUAUUAGACUCCUGAGACGCACCAGAUCGUGGCCCAGUGCAGUGGGCGUUCCUCCCUCAACACGAAGAGCAAGGUUCUUCCACUGGUGUGCUCAAAGUAAUUGUUAUCAGUCCAGAACGUGGCUCUGGUGUUCUCCAGCCAAAUCCACUUCUCAUCUCUCUCCUCUUAAUGUCAAGCCACCUAAAUCUUUUGCAGGAGGGAAGAGGGGACACUAUUGGGCGUUACCAGAAUCAGUUGCAAAUCACCCCAGUAGCCAACAGCAGAUGGGUCUGACUUCCACUGUUCUAGAACAUGCCUUCUAGCAGGUCUCUGUUAGACAAGUCCGGUGCGGAUAGUCAGGAUGUAUUUUGAACUUUGCUGAAAGCUGGUUUACCCAUCUUUGGAUUAGACAAGUAACCCGUAACUGAUUUGCAUGAUGUUGGUGCAUUUGCAACAGUAUUUUUAAGUAAAUUUCUAUCAUUAACAGAUAGCUUUUGUUGUCCUCAUAAAUAUUUGAACACUUUGAAUGACUUACCUCAGUGUCAACAUUUUUGCAAUAUUAAACUGGUAACCUCACAAACUCCACACUUCAUCAAUAUAUGAAGUAAAUGAAGCAAGCUAAAGCAACUAACUUGCCAUUAAGGAUUAUUUUAUAGCAUGAAAUAUUUUAGAAUAUUUAUUCAAAUGAUAUUUUACUCUUAUACUCAGAUAUCUUUUGGUUGGUUGGUUGGUUUUUUUUUCCAUUUUGUGACAUGAAUAUUUCAGUGCUGCUUUAUUUUGUUCUAAUGGAUUUUUGUUUCUUGCUUGUAAAUUGCCUUUUUUAUGGUAUAAAUAAAGUCAAUGGGAAUUGCCGUUUAUAAAUUAAAAUGCUUCUGAAGCACA